AUGGAAUCCUUGGUCAAUGAUAUCGAAGAACUGAAGCAACAAGCCAUCCCACCAUUAACAGACACAUCAGCUCCUCUUGACGUGGAAAAUGUUCAAUUGGCGUGUGAGAAUCAAAAGUUGAUUAGUGAGAAUUCGAGCUUGACAGAGACAGCAGAAGAGUAUGAGGCUACCAUACGACUCGUUGUCAGCAAGUUUCGCACACAAGUUAUUAAAAUACAACAAGCGAAGAAACAAUUGAACUGUAGUUUAAGAAAAGAUGACAGAGGAGUUAAUAAAUUAAGAAUUCAGGCUCUCCAAUACGAAAAUAAUAAUAUACGUUCUCGUCUUGCCGAGACUGCCAAAAGAGAGUGCGAUAAUGUGAUGGUUCGAACACUUGAGAAAGGACACGAGAGUUUAAAAGGCGUUGAAGAUGUCGUUGAGGAGAGAGAGAGAGAUGUCCCGAGACAAGUAGUCACAUGGGAAGGCGGUGUGAAGGUUGAUGGGGAGUUUUUGGAGAAAGAUGGCUUAAAAUAG